CGCCUAUCUUCUCCGUGCCACCUCCUCCCAGCGUCCCGAGGGUCAGGUUUCCAGACCUCGGCGCUCAGAUUUUGCAGCAUAAAUUUGCAUCGGGGACAGACAAGAGCGGAGGCUGAGUUGCAGGAUGUCGAUGACAGACUUGCUCAACGCUGAGGACAUCAAGAAGGCAGUGGGGGCCUUUACCGCUGUCGACUCCUUCGACCACAAAAAGUUCUUCCAAAUGGUCGGCCUGAAGAAAAAGAGCCCGGAUGACGUAAAGAAGGUGUUCCACAUCCUGGAUAAAGACAAGAGCGGCUUCAUCGAGGAGGAUGAGCUGGGGUUCAUCCUGAAGGGCUUCUCCCCAGAUGCCAGAGACCUGUCGAUGAAAGAAACCAAGACGCUGAUGGCUGCUGGAGACAAGGAUGGGGACGGCAAGAUUGGGGUCGAUGUAAGCUGUGUCGCACCUCGUGAUGGUCCUUCCCAUCAACCUAAGAGAAAACUGUGUGCAGGUGCUUGGCCUCUGGGCUCAAAUCCCUACCACUUUCUGGCUGUGUGACUUUGG